CAACUUCACCUGUGGCUCGCUCCUUCCUUCUUUUUCGAUGGUCGAGCGGUGUAAGCCUGCUCCCGUCUACUUAUAGAAACCCUACUUCACGGGCCCGGCAGUCAACUUACCUGUUCCAAAUCCACCCAUCUACCUGCUGGCUGCCGUUUCUGUUUACACAACAGAACAAAUCGAACGCAACAAUGUCUUUCCAGCUCGAGACCAAUCUCGCACGUGCGAUUCACAUGCAGCAAGUCGCUACCGGCGCAACCCACCACAGUAUUCGUGAUACCACCGUGGCCGCACUGCGACUUAUCCAGCAGCGAUUCGAGCGUGGUGACUAUGAUCUCCCCAGAGCAACCAGAACCUUCGAGCGACAGCUCACACUGGCAAUCCUCAUGGAACGAGACACCAGGAACUUCGGCCUCAAUGCGCUGAUUACACGUACGACGACAGCUUGGGGUCGCAUCUCGAGUCGCCUCGCACGGGGCAUUACCCCUUUUCCUGAGCCUUACCACAUCAUCGCCGAAGACGGAGAUGAAGAUAUCACAGUUGAAGAGCGUCUUCGCAGAAUGGGACUCGAUCCCGACAGCUUUGACCUUACCGGCAUCCGCUCUGGCGCCCCGCACAGCUCUAACAACAGCAACAACGUUGCCCCAGGCCAGGCUCAGACUGACAUGAGUUCUGCCAUCGGUGCAGGAGAAAUCAUCCCCAGUCAAGCUUCUGUUCUUGCUCCCGCUGUUGCUGCUUCUACUACCGCAAUCGUCCAGACUGGCAAAGCUGCUGUGACUGGGAAGCCCCGGGACCGAAAGCGCGGCAAGGAUAUGUACGGGUGUGACGUCUGCAAUCAGACGAAGAGGUACACCUCUGCGUGCACUCUCUACAGACACAAGAAGAGUAAGCACGGCAUUCCCACACCAGGGGAUGUCCGCAAGGAGAGGAAGCUGGCUGUAGAGGCGGCUCUUGCAGCCCAGGAUGAUGCCGAACAGGCUGAUGGUGCGGGAGAGGAUGAAGACGCAGAGGCGGUUGGAGAGAUUGAUGAGACUAUGAACGGGGAUACCGGAGACGAGGGGGACUCGGAGUGAUUCCAUGCAUACAAUUCUGAAGAGAACCAUGACGAGAUAUGAUCUAUCAAUACAAUGGC